AUGGACGUCUCAGUCAACUUCAGGAGAUGGAGGGAGGAAGGUGGUUUGACUAAGGGAGGGAUACUGGAGGAGACCAUCCCUGCCGAAGACAGUGUCCGCCUGGAGAUGGCCAAGGCAGAUUCCAGCGAGGAAGUGGGUCACAGGUUCGUAUCGACCGCACCGCGCCUUCAUAUCACCGCCGGCUUCUUAGUCCCGCGGGUGGCAAUCCCAAGAGAUGACGAAAAAAAAAAUAUCGCCAGAGGAUAA